AAAAAUGAAACUUAAAACAAUUUACACUAACGCUACAAUGCAUUUGGAGAAAUUAAAUAUUAGGCUACAUUAUAAAUGUAGGCUAUGUGAAGAAAAAAUUAUGUUUAAAUCGUGCAAAGUUUUCUUAAACAAGUAAUAACAUUAUGUACAGCUCUAAAAAACUAAACCAAAGCAGCAACUAAAAAAAACUUACCAAAUUAAACAAUAGUUUUGAAAAUUAUGUUUAUAACUACUGGUUAAUGUUUCUUGGCGAAAGUGAUUCAUCAAAACCUUUGCAAACUCAUCCGAAAACGUGUUCAGGUGCGGUUCUGCAUGCUCACAAUACACAUCCCUCCCACUGCUCUCAUUUGAUAUACCGCAGCUCUCAGUAUCGACUCUCUAUCGGUUCAGUAUCGGCUCAUUAUCGAAAGAAUGAUUAACCAGCGGUAAACCGCACGCUCCGAUAUAGUACAGUACAAUCUUAAUCACUGAUGAUGGACUGUAAGGUGGCCGUGAUAAAGAUCUAUGAGGUCUUUCGGUUCCACGAUGCGAUCAAUAAACAGGAGCAAAUCGUGAGGCUCGACACUAAAGCAGGCAGGGUUACGUGCCAAACCGCAGGCUGUUAAAACAGGAAAUGUCAGAGUUACAGUCUCGAGGCAAAGCAGUUGUACUCCAAAAACGCGUACAGUCUGAUGCAGUAAUCCAUGAUGCAGAGCGGAAAGAGUGGCCACUACACGGUGCGCCCUGCGGCUGCGCCCCAAACCGCGCACUACUGCGCCAAUUAUUCUGCUGUCAUCUGAGUUUAAACAAAGGCAAACAGGUUACUAGUUAUUGCUAAUGAUUCCCACAGUCCCACUUCUUAUUAUGUGUUUUAAUGUUUGUCAGCUUUUUUUUUUUUUUUUUUUUUUUAAAUAUUAAUUAAACAAGCAUGUGGAAAAAGUGCGUCUGAAGAAGAAUGUGAGGUUUGAAUGUACCAUGAAAACAAGUGGCACAAACUACUGUUUUGACAUUAUAUAGCUUGCAGUGGGUUAGUAUGCGGUUUGGAACACAGCUCUGAAAUACAGCUUCGGAAACACGCGUACAAAAGCGCAAGCGCAAGCGCGCGCACACACACGCACGCACGCACGCACAUACAGAGCCUCGCGCGCACGUAGAAGUUCACACUACACGCUAGCCCGGAGGAGAUCUCUGUAUGAAACUGAUGUAACGCAUCGUUAUGGAUUUAUACACACUGUGGAUGUUGGAUGAACUUUAACAGGUUUAUUUUUUUAUCCCCCGAUUCUUUUUUUUUUUUUUUUUAAACUGGAGAGAACUCCGAGUUUCUUCUCCACCCAGGUUGUGAACACGGAGGGUUUAGUGACCUUCUCUUGAAGCGUCUGUUUCUCGACGUCAGUCUGGGAGAAAAAAAAGGAACAGGAAAGUUUGAAAACAAGAGCGAAGAUCACGUCAGGAGGACUAACAACAUUGGUGUAAAGGAAACAACAUGUAUUGUAUAGGGAGGGAGGGUUGAAGUCUCUUCAUCCCUUCUACUCAGACUGUCCUCAUCCUUGAGCCUGGAGCUCCGUGGCCCAGCAAUGAGUGCCACUGCGAGCUUUCAGUCCCACACCACACCCGCCAUAAAGCAGCUGGCAUGGAGAGCAGAGCCGUCUACAUUAGCCUGGAGCUGCUGAUUGCUGCGCUGGCCGUGGCUGGAAACGUGCUGGUGUGCUGGGCUGUCAGCCUCAACAGCAAUCUCCAGAGCAUCACCAACUACUUCGUGGUGUCCCUGGCGUUGGCCGAUGUGGCCGUGGGCCUCCUCGCCAUCCCCUUCGCCAUAGUUAUCAGCAUAGGCUUUUGCAGCCACUUCCACGGCUGCCUGUUCAUUGCCUGCUUCGUCCUCGUGCUCACGCAGAGUUCCAUCUUCAGCUUGCUGGCCAUUGCAGUCGACCGCUACAUCGCCAUCAAGAUCCCGCUCAGAUACAACAGCCUGGUGACGAAUCAGAGAGCUAAAGGCAUCAUCUGUCUGUGCUGGAUCUUGUCUGUGAUCAUUGGUCUGACACCAAUGCUCGGCUGGCACAUGCCCAGCACCAACAUCACCAACAGCUCGUGUCCCCCCGGCAUGACUGAGUGUCUGUUCGAGAGUGUGGUCACAAUGGACUACAUGGUUUACUUCAACUUCUUCGUCUGUGUCCUCCUGCCACUGGCGGCCAUGUUGGUCAUCUACGCUCGGAUCUUCAUGGCGGCUCGUCGGCAGCUCAGGCAGAUGGAGCACAAGACAUCAUACAGCCAUAGUGAGGGAUCGUCCUCCUCCUCGUCGACUCGCUCGACGCUGCAGAGGGAGGUCCACGCCGCAAAGUCUCUCGCCAUCAUUGUCGGACUAUUCGCUAUCUGCUGGCUUCCUCUACAUAUCAUCAACUGCUUUACGUUGUUCUGUCCGAAAUGCCCACGCCCGUCGCACUGGAUCAUGUACCUCGCCAUUAUUCUCUCACACGCAAACUCGGUGGUGAACCCCUUCAUUUACGCUUACCGCAUCCGAGAUUUCAGAUUGACAUUUCGCAGGAUUAUUCAGCAGCAUUUCCUCAGGAGGCGCGAAAGGCUGUCCGGCAGCAACACUUCCACCAGGAUUAGCUUCAUUGAGUCAUCCUUUAUCAACAUGACUAAUGGGAAAGUGUCCAACCGCAGUCCUGGGAAAAAUAUUAAAAGCGUGAAGGAAGUUCAUUGCACAGAAAGGGACUGGAACUCAGCUCGAGACUGCAGCAUUCCUGCCCAACUUCCUGAUCAGAUUAGCAAUGAAAUUCCUUCAGAAAUCAUGCUGGUGAAGGACUGCUGUGUGAUCACCGAUGUCAAUCUGACCUCCAUAUCCACAAGGACAAAACACGUUGUGGAGCUCACAGAGGUCUCAUGAAGCAUGAC